UGGGGGCGGGGCUUCAGAGCUCAGAACUUGAACUGGCUCCAGAGCCAUGAGUUUGGCGUGCAAGAGCGGAAGAAAUGCGGCUGAUACCCCGGAAGCAGUCGCUGCAACUUCCGGGACGUGCUUGUACUCCUGGUGCGGGAGCUACGGGACCCAGGGAUUGUGUUUGAAGUAGUGCUUCUACCAAGAUGUCCCGUGGUUCCAGCGCCGGUUUUGACCGCCACAUUACUAUUUUUUCACCCGAGGGUCGGCUCUACCAAGUAGAAUAUGCUUUUAAGGCUAUUAACCAGGGUGGCCUUACAUCAGUAGCUGUCAGAGGGAAAGACUGUGCAGUAAUUGUCACACAGAAGAAAGUACCUGACAAAUUAUUGGAUUCCAGCACAGUGACUCACUUAUUCAAGAUAACUGAAAACAUUGGUUGUGUGAUGACCGGAAUGACAGCUGACAGCAGAUCCCAGGUACAGAGGGCACGCUAUGAGGCAGCUAACUGGAAAUACAAGUAUGGCUAUGAGAUUCCUGUGGACAUGCUGUGUAAAAGAAUUGCCGAUAUUUCUCAGGUCUGCACACAGAAUGCUGAAAUGAGGCCUCUUGGUUGUUGUAUGAUUUUAAUUGGUAUAGAUGAAGAUCAAGGCCCUCAAGUAUAUAAGUGUGAUCCUGCAGGUUACUACUGUGGGUUUAAAGCUACUGCAGCAGGAGUUAAACAAACUGAGUCAACCAGCUUCCUUGAAAAAAAAGUGAAGAAGAAAUUUGACUGGACAUUUGAACAGACAGUGGAAACUGCAAUUACAUGCCUGUCUACUGUUCUAUCAAUUGAUUUCAAACCUUCAGAAAUAGAAGUUGGAGUAGUGACAGUUGAAAAUCCUAAAUUCAGGAUUCUUACAGAAGCAGAGAUUGAUGCUCACCUUGUUGCCCUAGCAGAGAGAGACUAAACAUUGUCGUUAGUUUACCAGAUCCGUGAUGCCACUUACCUGUGUGUUUGGUAACAACAAACCAACAUUAUGGAGGUCCCUGGAUUGAAAAAGGAACCUCUCCCACUCCUCCUGCCACUGAAGUGGUUAGGACUCUAUAUAAAUAAAAACAACGCUUUUGGAAAAUAA